AUGGCUAAACCCGGCAGCUUCCUGGUUUGCAAGUAUCAUGGCUGCACCGCCCGCCUUUUUCACUUCUUUGCUUUGAUCCACCGGAAAGAUUCGAAGAGACCCGUCGCACAACACCACCUUCCCCCGAACGUCGAUUCCGGCCAACGACCCGUCGUAACAGUAUUGUCUCCCGUCGGGGCCCGCGCGGCCUGGAUCCUUCUGUCGAUCGUGCUCGACCCGACGGUGAGCAUCCACGGCGCUUCGUUGACCACCGUACCCUCGGAAGGACCGCCGUUCCCAGCCGAGGAGCUCACGAGUAUCCCCUUUUUAGCCGCGUCGUAA